UUUCUUCUUACUAUGACUCUUCCCAUCCCACAUUGUUCCUCAAAGGCCCUACCACCAUAAGGAUUUAAACAAACUGCCGCCCCCCCAGCCCCCGUGUACCCACCGACAGCCUCGCCCACCCAUCCACCACCAGCUCCCCAAGCUGCCACGCAGCUGGCUGGGGAAGAAGGGAGAGGGCUCCUCCGGGAGGGGGAGGCGGGAAGGGUGGCGUCUCCCGGGAUUUAACCUCCUACCCUCAGUUCCAUGACGCCACCCCCUCCCUCCAAAGGCUGGGACGGCGCCUCCAUUUUUGUUUUGGGGCGGAAGGGCAGGGGCUCACGGUAGAGGGGGGGUCAACGGAAACGGUGAUCAUCAUCACCUGCGAGGGGGAAGGGGGUGCCGCCCUCCCUCCUUCCCUUUCUCUCAGUCUGCACCCCUGCACCCCCACCUUCUCGGGGUCUCCCCCCCCUUGUUGCUAAGGCCCGGACCGUCAUCCCAGCAACAGCCUCAGUCAUGUGACCGGCAAUGGCGGCGCUGACGAGAGCUGUCUUCAGAGGUGUUGUGGGGACAGCCCUGUAGCUGAAUGUGACCACGCUCUGGGGAAGCAUCGGCCCCUCCGGCUGAGCCCUUGUGCGAGCCCCGCCCCUCCCUAAAUGCCAGGCUGGGGCGCUGACAGGCAGCCCUGCGUGUGCUGGGUUUAAAAGGCCUUGUCAGCUGAGUGUGGAAGAGAGGGAUUUCCGCCGCCACCAUCUUCCAUGGGCUUUCCAGGUCACACAGCCUACAAGUAGGGAGCAGGGGAACAGAGAGUGAGCCUGCAUGCCAAUUCUAAGCUCUUCAGGAUCAAAUGUCGUUCGUCCUGUCCAGAAUGGCAGCCUGUGGAGGCACCUGCAAGAACAAAGUGACUGUCUCCAAGCCUGUGUGGGACUUCCUGAGCAAGGAGACCCCAGCCCGGCUGGCGCGGCUUCGAGAGGAGCACCGUGUGUCCAUCCUCAUCGAUGGCGAGACUUCUGACAUCUACGUUCUCCAGCUGUCCCCACAGGGCCCUCCCCCGGCCCCUCCCAACGGGCUCUACCUGGCCCGGAAGGCUCUCAAGGGGCUGCUGAAAGAGGCAGAGAAGGAGCUGAAGAAAGCUCAGAGGCAGGGGGAGCUUAUGGGCUGCCUGGCUUUGGGGGGUGGGGGGGAGCACCCCGAGCUGCACCGCCCAGGCCCACCCCCUCUUCGAGCAGCCCCGCUCCUGCCCCCAGGGGCGCGGGGGCUCCCCCCUCCUCCUCCUCCCCUGCCCCCUCCUCUUCCUCCCCGCCUCCGGGAGGAGGCAGAAGAGCAGGAGAGCACCUGCCCCAUCUGUCUGGGGGAGAUCCAGAACGCCAAGACAUUGGAGAAGUGCCGGCAUUCGUUCUGUGAGGGCUGCAUCACCCGGGCCCUGCAGGUGAAAAAGGCCUGCCCCAUGUGCGGCCGCUUCUAUGGGCAGCUGGUGGGCAACCAGCCCCAGAAUGGGCGGAUGCUGGUCUCUAAGGAUGCCACCCUCCUACUGCCCAGUUACGAGAAGUACGGCACCAUUGUCAUCCAGUACGUCUUCCCGCCCGGUGUCCAGGGGGCCGAACACCCAAACCCAGGAGUUCGGUAUCCCGGCACCACACGGGUGGCCUACCUCCCGGACUGCCCUGAGGGCAACAAGGUGCUGACCCUGUUCCGCAAGGCAUUUGACCAGCGUCUCACCUUCACCAUCGGCACGUCCAUGACCACGGGGAGACCGAAUGUCAUCACCUGGAACGACAUCCACCACAAGACCAGCUGCACAGGGGGACCCCAGCUGUUCGGGUACCCAGACCCCACCUACUUGACCCGGGUGCAAGAGGAACUGAGAGCCAAGGGCAUCACAGAUGACUGAAGAACAUCCCCUUUGCCAAGGCCCCUGCUGUCCUCCUCUACUAGGACCCAACGGAAGCCUCUGUUCUCCACUCUGCCCCCUGCCCUCCACACCACACAAGUAGGGGACCUGUCUGACUGGGGAGGGAGUUCAGAGGGGGAGGGGCAGCCCUUCCCCUGUCCCCCACUGGCCAAGUGUUUCAGUGCAGUGCGAGCCACUCCCUGCUAGCAGAGGCUGAUCUCCUAGGCUCUGCUCCUGGCUGCCCAUGUACAUACUCCCAGUCUCCCUGCCGCCCCACCCCCUUGGCUUUUUCUGGUAUGUGCUGUGCUCCAGUGACUAAGCUGAGAAAGGACCUGGCUGGGGAGGGGAGGGUCUCUCGAGUCACCCCCCACCCCCAGUUGUGCUCUGCUGCCGAACUUCUGUGCAAAGGAGAAGGAACUGGGCUGCAGUGAGCCCUCCCACCCCACGGAGCCGGCUGUGUGUUCAAAGGAUACAAUUCUCCUACCUUAACCUUGUCCUUUCUCUCCCGUGUCUCAGUCUCUGUCAGUCUCUCCGUCUUUCUCCCGCUCUUCUCUGCCCCCUAUAAGAAGCCUCCUUACCCUGUUCUGGAAUCGCCGCCAGACUGUAGCUUUUAAUUUAAUAAAAAUAAAGUAAAAUAUGCAACUCUUUA